UUCUGCUUUCGGCAUCAGUUGUCAGCUGCCAAUCCACCAGAGUUCACUCGCCGAGUUCCUUAAAAAAAAACAAAACUAUUUCAACAUGAAAUUCCUGUCGCUCGCCUUCGUCUUGGGUCUGGUUGCCCUCGCCAGCGCCACUCCCCUGAAUCCCGGCAAUGUCAUCAUCAACGGCGACUGCCGCGUCUGCAAUGUGCGAGCCUAGAGUCACAGAAAUGGAGGAGGAAUACAAUCCAGCUAUCGGUCAAUUUAGAAAAUGCACACCGCCAUAUAAUACAUAGUUUGUCACAUAUACUUAAGUAAACACAAUAGAAAAAAUUCAAUGAAACUUUAAUAAAACAAAAACACAGUAAAAGAAA